AUGGACCUAAUCAUUAGGUACAAGAAGAUUAGUCACGAUCAAAGAACUCACAUAAUUAAUGAACUCACCAAGAAUGCUAAGACUUUGAAAGAAGUCUCUGAAGAAACUCAAUUGAAACCAUCAACAGUUAAGGCUAUAUUGCAAGUCUACUUGAAGGAAGGAAGAAUUGGGAAAAAGUCAACCAGGGACAGGAAGGUAAAACUUCUAAAUACAACUGUGAUUGCAUUGAUUGACAAAACUAAGUAAUAUUACAUUUUGACUAUAAUUUCUUAUAGAAAUAGCGAUUAUGCUAUAGAAAAUUUAUAAUUCCUUCAUCCUAUGAUUCGAAUCAAUUAGUAAUCUUCCGAGAUUUCUCAUAAUGGUUAAACUCUGACAGAGACAUAACAAAAGUUAGAUUAGUACUCGAAAUAGCUCGUGAUGAUGUAAGUGAAAGAUUUCUUGAGGGAAAAGAAAUCAGAAAUAAUGGAAUAAUUGGCUAAUCCUUUAGCUAAACAAAAUUUCCUAAAUCAACUGGCUUAAUUUGAAGUGAGCGAGUAAUUGCCAUUUCAAGAAUUGAAGAAAGAAUAAUUGUCUGCAGAAGAUGAACAAUUUGUUGAGAAGAUAACAUAACACCUAAAAUCGAAAGUUAAAAUCUGA